CUGCACGUAGCUGGCGCCAACGGAUUCCUGCGGGCAGCUGAGCUCCUCCUGGACCAUGGAGUGCGUGUGGAUGUGAAGGACUGGGAUGGCUGGGAGCCCCUGCAUGCAGCUGCCUUCUGGGGACAGAUGCAGAUGGCAGAGUUAUUGGUGUCCCAUGGAGCUAGUCUCAGUGCAAGGACAUCCAUGGAUGAGAUGCCAAUAGACCUAUGUGAGGAGGAAGAGUUUAAGGUCCUGUUGCUGGAGCUAAAACACAAGCACGAUGUGAUCAUGAAGUCACAGCUGAGGCACAAGUCAUCUCUGAGCCGGAGGACGUCCAGCGCUGGCAGCCGUGGGAAGGUGGUACGUCGAGCCAGCCUAUCGGACAGGACCAACCUGUACAGGAAGGAGUAUGAGGGAGAGGCCAUCCUGUGGCAGCAGCGGAGUGCAGCUGAGGAUCAGAGGACCUCGACCUACAAUGGGGACAUCAGGGAGACCAGGACAGACCAAGAGAACAAGGACCCU